AUGCCCUCACACCCAUAUCAUAACCCGGCUUCGUCUCAGUCCCGCUUUCCUUUCGCGACGAGACUCUCGCGACAAGAUCCACACGCGCCGCUUUUCUACAGUGCAACCGACGAUUUCCAGGACAAUGAUGAGGGAAAUGAACACGAGAGGGAAGUAGCUGACUACUACGCGCUUCAACGAAGUAGGCAGCAGUUCGGUCCCAGUAACCUGACCGAGAGCUCAGAGAUUGAAGACGACGGAGUGGAGAAGUUAGAGGAGACACAGAAGGGUCAGAAUCACGACAGAGACGAGAGUCGGCAGAGAGGACGCAUAGGUGCACCUUACCCACCCUCAUCUCGGGCUGACAGCAUGCCCGCGUCAGAAGCAAGCCGGCCGAGUUCUAAGGGCAAAGGUCGACUUGUGGAUGUCAACCUGAACAGUACUAUCCAUGAAGAGCCACCAGCAUCACUAGCCAACAUCUCGCCAUCGAUAGAUCCCGACGAACCGCCUGUACCGUACCGACCAUUCAAGUCUGGAACGAAGAACAGCAGACUCAGCAGUUUCAUGCCCAUGGAGACCGACGAUGAAGCUCAAAUGAUGAAUCCAAGGCCUCCCUCGCCAGACCGGGAAAGCGUGCCGCCCACAGUCAUUCUCCCCGCCCAAGAACCGCCAAAACACGACACCUUCUGGGGGAACAUCUUCAUCAUUUCAUUGUGCACUAUGUUCGCGACGUUCGUGGUCAUCUGGUUUCAGACUUCUUCGCCUUCCAAAAAGACUCCACUCGGCGACACAGUCUACAGCGCGCUUCGGGGCAGCACCAACAUGCUCGUGUGGGAUACGUUAAUCGCGGUAGUCGUGGCAUUGAUCUGGUUGUCGCUGCUGCGACACUACGUGCGUGUUCUGGUAUUUGGCAUGCUCGUCGCAGUACCAGUCAUCCUCACGAUUUUCUCCUUGUACCCGCUCAUCAGCAGUUUUCACGGCUCUUGGAACGGCAAUUCUAUUCAGGACAAGGCUAUGCGUUGGCUUUCCUUGGUGCCAGCAGUGGCGGCAGUCGUCUGGACUUGGAACGUCAUUCAAAGCCGACACAGCCUGCAUAAAUCCAUCAGGGUUUUGGAGUUUAGCACGCGGAUUCUCACAGCCAGUCCGUAUUUAGUCUUUCUGGGCUUCGCAACAUUGGGCGUCGUCGUUGCGUUCUCUUGGAUCUGGAUGCUCAUGUUCGAGCGUGUAUUCCUCUCCGGCCAUUGGGUUGGCGCGAAGAAGUUCAUCCUGUAUGCCAACAGUUGGUGGCUCGGAGCCUUCUUCAUCCUGCAAUUCUUGUGGACUCUCACCGUCAUUGCCGGUAUCCAACGAGCGACAACAGCGGCAACGGUAAGCCAGUGGUACUUCCAUCGCUUGGCAGUACCGCAGCCCACUAGCCGCGAGGUGGUGAGGGCUAGUUAUCUUCACGCCACUGGAGCGCUAUUCGGCACUGUUAGCCUGAGCACCUUCUUGAGCUUGCUCGUGAGGUUGCCUCUCAUCAUCCUACCAGGCAGGCUUUCUGGGUUACUCAACAUGUGUGCCUACUGGAUCAUUCCGACAAGUCUGGCCUCCUUAACCAACCCGCUGACUCUUACGUACGCAGCAAUUCAUAGCCAACCGCUUGGGAUUGCUGCUCGCGGCCUCGGGCAGCUCAACUUCGUCAGCCGCAGCAAUCCAAGCAACACUCUAGGCCCACGCAAUUUCAACCCAGCUGGCGGGACUGGGAGCGCGCUCAUCCCCUACAGACUUUCCAAGCUCCUUCUCCAAGCGACGCGCUGGGUAAUGUCUGCCGCGCUGGGAUUCGGGGGCUGGGUCCGUGCUGCGCACCAAAUUCAAUUCGAAGGUGCCGGUGCAGGCAUCAAGGGCAGCCUGUAUGCUUAUGUCGUGGGGAUGAUCGCCGGUACCAUCGGUUUUGCCGUAUUGGGAGCUGUCGAAAACGUCGUCGGAGCGGUGGUAGAUGCUGCGGUCAUUUGCUGGGCAAGUGAAUCUGCUGGUGGACGCGGUGAGGCAAAGUUCUGUCGUGAAGCGGGAGAACUCUUUGGGAACGAUGGAGGUUUUGAGAGGGUUGGUAUGGCUUGA